GACUGCCUGCUGCUCGGGCCGUGGCCCCUCUGCCUCAAGUCUGGGAGCUCCCGGCCCCACUCUGCCGUUGCCUAUGGGGAUCCGAGAGUUUCCCGGCGGCGCACCCAGGGGCAAAAGCAUCACCGUUGGCAUGAGGAGGUCACCGGACGUCAGCCCCCGGAGACUAUCCGACAUCAGCCCCCAGCUCCGGCAGCUGAAAUACUUGGUGGUGGAUGAGGCGAUUAAGGAGGAUCUGAAAUGGUCACGCUCGGUGGAGGACCUCACCAGCGGGCCCGUGGGGCUCACGUCCAUCGAGGAGCGGAUCUUGCGCAUCACCGGCUACUACGGCUACCAGCCCUGGGCAGCGAGCUACAAAAGGGAGGAGCGCCCCCGGGAAUCCCCAGGCCCAGCGGAGGCCCAGGCACCGGCUGGGGUGGAGGCCGGUGGGAGAACAAGCCACCACUGCUGGAGAUGCUCCCAGGUGCAGCUCAAGAAGAUUUUCUGGGGUGUGGCCGUGGUGCUGUGCGUGUGUUCCUCCUGGGCAGGCUCCACACAGCUUGCCAAGCUGACCUUCAGGAAGUUUGAUGCUCCCUUCACCCUGACGUGGUUUGCCACCAACUGGAACUUUCUAUUCUUCCCGUUGUACUACGUUGGUCACGUGUGCAAGUCUGCAGAGAAGCAGUCUGUGAAGCAAAGAUUCAGGGAAUGCUGUCGAUUUUUUGGAGACAAUGGCUUGACUUUGAAGGUGUUUUUUACCAAGGCAGCCCCCUUUGGUGUUCUUUGGACACUCACAAACUACCUGUACUUACAUGCAAUAAAGAAAAUAAACACUACGGAUGUCUCCGUGUUGUUCUGCUGCAACAAAGCUUUUGUGUUCUUGCUCUCAUGGAUCGUUCUCAGGGACAGGUUCAUGGGAGUGAGGAUCGUGGCCGCCAUUCUCGCCAUUGCUGGGAUCGUGAUGAUGACCUACGCGGAUGGCUUCCACAGCCACUCAGUCAUCGGCAUAGCGCUGGUGGUGGGCUCUGCAUCCAUGUCUGCCCUCUACAAGGUUCUGUUCAAGCUCCUCCUGGGCAGUGCUAAAUUUGGAGAGGCUGCCUUAUUUUUGUCUAUUUUGGGUGUGUUUAACAUCCUUUUCAUCACCUGUAUUCCUGUCAUCCUCUACUUUACCAAAGUGGAAUAUUGGAGUUCUUUCGAUGACAUUCCAUGGGGAAACCUUUGUGGAUUUUCAGUCCUCUUAUUGACAUUCAAUAUUGUAUUAAAUUUUGGAAUUGCUGUUACAUAUCCCACUCUGAUGUCUCUUGGAAUCGUCCUCAGUGUACCCGUGAAUGCAGUGGUGGAUCACUACACCAGUAAGAUUGUCUUCAAUGGAGUCCGAGUCAUUGCCAUCAUCAUCAUCGGCUUGGGCUUCCUUCUUCUCCUCCUUCCUGAGGAAUGGGACGUCUGGCUCAUUAAGCUGCUCACACGCCUCAAAGUGAGGAAGAAGGAGGAGGCGGCUGAGGGUGGUGGGGACCUGGGCUCGGGACCUCAGAACAAGAACAGAAGAGCUCGCCCUUCCUUUGCCCGCUGAUGUCCACUCUCUAGAACUCUGCGGUGAACACUCAUGUUAAAGAUUUGGAGGUCUAUUCCUGACAGGGGAACCUCAGUUUGAUAAGGUGUACAUACCUGUACAGUAGGUAAUCUGCAGUAAGUUAUAUGGUAUUUAUUGGCAUGUCCAAUUUGCUUGCACUUUUUUCACAUCAGACCUUUCACUUAAGGGUACCAAUUCAAGAGGAAAGAGAAAAGAAUUCUCAGCUCUUUUUAAAUGAAUGUAAAGCAGGUUAAAAUUAUCCUUGCAUAGAUUGUUUUGGAUAACAGACAUUCUUGACAAAGCAGGGCAAAUGUUUUGAAUUUAGCAGCCGAAAAUUACAUUGCACACUGUGAUUAUUUUUCAGCUAUGGUAGGUCAUAUUUUGUUUUAUACCAGAGCUGUAAUCUUAGUUUUAAGGAAUUUCACUGAACCAAAAGAUAACUGUAAGUUAAU